UGUAGAUCAUUAUCAUUGAUCCUUGAUUAUUUAUGAAUUGCAUGAUCAGUCUUGCAUAAAUAAUAAAAAAAAGAAUGAAAGAAAGAGAACGAAAGAGUAAAACGAAGGGAGAUGGGUGGAGUAAAUGGGAGGCGUUUACUCAGUUUGUGCACUCCAGGCACUGGGAAUUUUUGAGCUUCAUUCUUUACUCUGAAUUUAAGCGUAACAUUUAAAAAAAGACUUUUGUUAAAGGGCUUUUUAGCUGAAGCUUUGAUCUGUUUUUUUUUUCCUUCCUCAUUUUGCAAGAAUCCUGUUCUCUGGAAUGGGGAGUAAUGACGGGACUUCCACUAAUUGGACACAAACACACUGCAGCUGCGAAUUUAACAAGAAGUUGAACAAGUUUAAUGUUAUUCAAGUUUCAUUGGUAAAGAAGGAUACAACAGUAAGGUUUAUUUUCCCCAGGAAGAGAGUUUAAAGUGCGCAAACAUGGCGGCUUCCUUGCUCAGAUUUGGACGACUGGGAUCUCUAAAGGCCCUGCAGGCAGAGAGGCUGAGUGCAUUACAGAAAGCCCCAGCAGUCGCGCUCAGUUCAAAAUCUGGAGAGGGCAAGAAGUCCAAAAAGUCCAAGAAAGAAAAGUCCACAUCAAAAACGUACUUUGAUAUAGAAAAACUUAUCCAACACAAAUCCUACCCAGGAGUUCCCAAGGAGGUUGUAACACCUGUUGCUGCUGCAGCUGCUACCCCCGCUGUGGGAGGUGUGUCUGCAACUGCUGCAGCCAUUCCUAAACAAGCUGCAGCAGCUCCAACCGCUGCCCCUGCACCAAGUGAAACUUUGCCUGCUGCAGAGGACGGUCCGGUUGCAGUGGAAACCACACCUAUCGUUGAAGUCGCUGCUGCUCGACCUGCUGUAGAAGCUGCAGCAUCAGUUUCAGAGGUCACAGCCGAAGCUGUGCCGGUCGCUGAAGCUGCAACAGAAGUCGCUUCCGCUGUUACUGAAAUUGUGAGUGAAACUGUAUCUGCAGCAGAAAAUUUACCAAGUGCUGAAACAUCUGCCCCUGCUGCAUGCAUUAUUGAAGUUGCACCCACUGCUGAAGCUGCUGCCCCUGUAGCUGAAACUGCACCUGUGGCAGAAGCCCCGGACACUGCUUCCACAGCUGAAGCCAUACCCAUUGCAGAAGCAGUUUGCCCUGUUACUGAAGCUGCACCUGUCCUUGGAGCAGUCCCUGCAGAAGUCACGGUUCAAGCAGCUCCUGCAGAAAUUGCUCCAGAAGUUACAGUUGAAGCAGCCCCUACAGGGGUUGCUGCAGGAGUUACAGCUGAAUCAACCACUGCAAAAGUUACCCCAGAAGCUGCAGUUGAAGCAGCCCCUGCAGAAGUUGCCCCAGAAGGUACGCCUGAAGCAACCACCACUGCAGUUGCCCCAGAAGCUACUCCAGAAGCUGCAGUUGAAGCAGCCCCUGCAGAAGUUGCCCCAGAAGGUACACCUGAAACAAUCACCAUUGCAGUUGCCCCAGAGUCUGCAAUUGAAGCAGCCCCUAUAGAGGUUGCUGCAGGAGUUAUGGCUGAACCGACCACUGCAAAAGUUACCCCAGAAGCUGCAGUUGAAGCAGCCCCUGCAGAAGUUGCCCCAGAAGUUACACCUGAAGCAACCACCGCUGCAAUUGCCCGAGAAGCUUCAACAGAAGUUACACCUGAAGCAACCAACGCUGCAGUUACCCCAGAAGCUACAACAGAAGUUACAACUGAAACAACCACCACUGCAGUUGUCCCCGAGUCUGCAGUUGAAGCAGAACAGACAGACGUUAUCCCAGAAGUUACAGCUGAAGCAGCCCCCACAGAAAUUGCUCCAGAAGUUACAGCUGAAGCAGCCCCCACAGAAAUUGCUCCUGAAGUUACAGCUGAAGCAGCCCCCACAGGAAUUGCUCCAGAAGUUACAGCUGAAGCAGCCCCCACAGAAAUUGCUCCUGAAGUUAUGGCAGAAGCAACCCUUACAGAAAUUGGCCCAGAAGUUAUGAUUGAAGAAGCCCCUAUAGGAGUUGCCCCAGAAACAGGCUCCACAGAAGUUGCCCCAGAGAUAACGGCUGAAGCAACCCCAACAGAAUUUGCAGCUAAAGCUGCACAUUCUCUAGAACCUGAUGCUUCCCCAGUUACAGAAUCUGUUGAGACUGUCCUCGAAGCUGCUGCUGAAGCAGUAACUGAAGUCAUUGCAGAAACAGUCCCUGUCGAAGCUGUUGCUGAAGUAGUGGAAGCGAUUGCUGAAACUAUAGCUGAAGUUGUUGCAGAAGCUGAUUCUGAAGUUGUCAGUGAAGCUGCCCCUGCAGAAAAGCAUGAUGACACUGCCACUGUGAUCACAGAUGCAGCAGAAGCUCCCGUCGAAGUGGAAGCGCCUGACGCUGGUUUGGACCCUAUUCAGAAACUCUUCUUGGAUUCAAUUCGCAGCUAUUCCUCAAUGAGCAUGGGAACUGGCGGUCUAGUUGACGCAGGUCCUGAAUACCACAAGGCCCUGGCCGAGGAAAUCGCCAAACUACAAAGGUUAUAUGGUGGUGGAGACCUGGAAUCAUUCCCAGAGUUUAAUUUCCCUGAACCAAAGCUGGAUGAAGUGUCUAUCAAAUAAACAACCUUUUCACACCAUUACGUCUUGUGCCUGAGCCUUGGACAAAUACGAUGAUCUUGGUUGCUCUUUUUUGACGUAUAUUUUUAUGAGACUGUGAAGCCUUUUAAACAUUUGGAUGACAAGCAUGUAUGUGUACAUGUAUUGAAUUACAGGUUGGGAGGACGUUUAUUUAAUAGCUAUGAAAAAAUUCUAUGCAUUUACAUACUGUAUUUACAUUUUCUGCAUUUUUGCUUGGUUUCUAUGAGUAGAGAAAGAAUUGAAUAAACAUGUUCAUGUG